AUUAAAAUCCAAAGAAGAAGAAUUGUUUGGCCAAAACCUGAGACAAGCCGGUAGUUACAACAUAAAAGAUUAUUUUUCUUCAUGAUAGAUUUUUUAUUUUCCUGUAUUUUUACUCCGGCUGAAGGAAUAACUCAUACUUCAUUCAGAGUGGUGAAAUUAGAGUCAGACUGAGCGGAGUUUGUGUUUUAUUCAUUCAACAUGAGGACUGUUUUGAUGGUGGCAGAGAAACCGUCUUUGGCUCAGUCUAUCGCCAAAAUCCUCUCCAAAGGUGGGUUCACAGUUAUAAUUAAAUCACAUAAAGUUAUAAUUUAGACUGAGGAAAAUCAUUUUAUUAGUUUGUUUGAUCGCUAAAAUUUGGUAAGUUAAUCGAUUAUUGCAGUAUUUUGGUCGUGUCUAUAAACAGUUAAAAUGAAUCCAAAAUGUUGAAUGAUGGCUGAUUCAUAAGUCAAAGAUUUUUUGGUGGAAAGCUGUCUGUUUUGGAGGUUCUUACCUAGAAAUUAUAGAGCGAUGUCAAUUUGGUGCCCAGUUGCAGGACCGUACCUCCAGAGAGUAGCUCCACAGGGGCGUCCAGGAGCUGCCUGGACCCCCUUGAUUUGCCACCUUAAGGUGCUACUCUGAAUGUCUGAACGUUCAUUGGCUGUUUGUCUUGUUGUAUUGAAGAGGCUGCUGGUAGCUUUACUUUUACUGCAUUUGAAGAGAUAUUCCUGCGUAAAAUUAAUUUAGAGUCAAACACAUGGUAACACCAAGUUAGACACCCCUCGAGAGAUGAAUGUUGCCGACUGCUUGCUUCUCUAGUUAUACCAACUUUAGUAGCGACCACAUGAUAGCAAUACAGAGAGCCACGUUCUCAACCAAAAAGCUACUCUGUAGCCACAAAUAAUGCUCAGAACAGCACCUAACUUCAUCAACAGUACAUAUAGGGUCCUAGCCAUAGUACUAGCCACCAAACAUCUUUUUUAACUUUGCCAAAUUUCUUUAGCAGAGAGACUAAACACAACUCACCUAUUCUCUUCCAGCAGCAACUUGUUUGUAGUGAGAUCCAGGCCAGUCCAUUAAGGACUGCUGUGGGGUGACGCAGCUGAAGGAACAACAUUUAUGAUCAUUUCUUCACAAAAAUGCAAUCAGACCGAGACGCCAAGGCAGAAGAUCUACUGUAUCUGCUGUGCAAAAUGAUUAAUAUGAUGAUUAUUACGUCAAGGAAAUGAUAAAGUAAUGAUCAAAAAUGUUCUUCCUUGAGCUGCGUCACCCCGCAGCAGUCCUUAAUGGACAGGAUCGAGGUCUCGCUACAAACAAGCGGCUGCUGGAAGAGAGUGGGUGAGUUGUAUUUUGUCUCUUUGCUAAAGAAAUCAGGCAAAGUUAAAAAGAUGUUUGGUGGCUAGUGCUGUGGCUGGGACCCUAUAUGUACUGUUGAUGAAGUUAGGUGCUGUUCUGAUCAUUAUUUGUGGGUACAGAGUGGCGUUUUGGUUGCGCAUGUGGCUCUCUGUAUCACUAUCAUGCGGCAACAUUCAUCUCUCGACAGGGAGUCUAACUCAGUGUUACAGUGUGUUUGACCCUAACUUAAUUUUACGCUGGAAUAUCCCUUUAAUGGAGCAUGUUAUUUUUGCCGGUACUUUGAAUUAUUAGAAAUACAUCACACACCUGUUGUGUAUGAGAGGAGACACAAAACAUUAUCACCAAACUCCUGAACUCUUUGAUCUACCAAAACCAAUUAAAAUCAAAACAAUUGAAGAUUAAACUAUAAAAUACUGAGCACAUGUAAGAGCAUUGUUUUUAAAUACACAGGGACUGAGACUCCACAGAGCUCUUGCUGCUUAAACUCUGUGACAUUACAGAGAAGUAGGACUUUAAAUUAUUGUUGAAUCUGUCUUUUGAUCAAGUAAAAAACACUCUAAUAUCAUAACUUGGACCUGAUAGUGCUGGGCCCAGUUCAUUGAAGCAGACUAUAAAAAUAAACCAGUGACACAAGUUUGAUACCGGUGCAUGAAAAUCUCUUUAUUUGCUGUUAGAAUCAGUUCAUAGGCAUGCAGUGAAUGGUGACGCCUCUAAUAUUAGUUACUGCACUAAACAAUUACAAUGAGUAGAGUAGAUCUUUUUAACCUCUGCUCUGUCUUAACACAUUAUGUUCUCCUUGUUCACCUUUGUGGUCUGUGGCCAUCAGAGCUGGGGGGGGGUCAGUCCUGGUUAGCUGUGCCUGGAGAUAGCACAUAUACAAGCUAUGGUGAUGAGCUCAAACUCCAGAGAGUAGCUUGCUGUGGGGAAGCAGUUUGGGUUUUUCCUGAGGACGGGCAUCCUCAGAGACACGGGGAUGGACUCCAGGCCGAAUGCGUUGUCCAGUCCCCUGCAGGAGUGGCUGGUGUGGCAGCUGGCCUCAUGUAUGACCUGAGGGACACGGUUCAAGUCGAUGUUCUCUCUAGGGAGGCCAGAGUCAGACUUUAGAUAUUUACACACUUAUCAAGUGUAAAUAACCCAGUUUGUAUGAACAUUUUGGGGAAAACACUACAUACAGUACAAUGAUAGCUUGAGAUACUUUUAUUCUGGCAUAGAGAAUAAGCGAAAACAGCUACAAAUUACAGCCAGAAGUAUAGAUGUUAGCUGUAUUAGUCAACUUAAACCAUCUAUCCCAGCAGUUAUUAAAUUUAAGCUUUUCUAGUUUAAGGUUCCAGUGAGGAGGUUUCAGCUUGUUACUCAACAAACUAAAAUUCAAAGUGAUUCCUUGUAUGAGCUUUGAAAGCAUAUGAGACCAUCAGCAUGAGGUUGAUUGUUUCUGUAUCAUUACAAGUCUAAAAUUACGGAUGGAUAUGGUUGUAUUUUAUUUUUACAUUUUCCUGUGCAGAUGGGGAAAAUAAAGGAAACACUUCUGUCAUGUACAAAUUCAGGAGAAAGAUGAGGGGUACACCUUCGUCCUUACAGAGCUUUGGUUUUGAUGAGGUGAUAGAUAUGGUAUACUCACACGUAUGUCCAUGUUGCGAUGCUGCGCUCGUUGAUGUGGCUGGGCAGAUUGACCAGCUGGCUGUAGUAGUCCUGCAGACUGUAUGUGCAGAAGGACUCGUCCACGCACUGACUGCCCAGCGGCAUGGACAGACACUGUUGUAGGGUCAGCAGAACCAGCAGAAAGACACGCAGCAGCUGGAGGUCGAACAGAACAAAACAGGACAAGGUUAGAGUGCACAGAUCUGUGUGCGGACAUCUGCGAUUCCUUUGUCUGUCCUAUCUCUGAGCUGCUCAACCUUUAGUCUCUACUGAUUCACCUCAGCCAUCUAAGAAUGAAAAUUCAGAAUGUGAGAGAGCUGUAAUGAGUGAUAUUCCCUCUGAAUAAGUCACAGGCAGGCAUCAGGAGGCAUCAGUAUGAAACGUAAACAUAACACCAACAUCAGCUGUCAUGUUGAACACACAACUGUAUAUGCUUUUGAAAAUGAGUCUACACUUAUUUUAGCUUUUCCUCAUGUACUUCUCAACAACUACGGCACUCAUUUCUGUUGUUUUUUGUCUGUAACUUUCAAACCCUUGGAGAAAAACAGACAAUUUUGUAUAUAAAAGGACUUCAAACUUUGCCUCUCAUCUCUUAAAAUACAGAAGCCUCAUAUAAAGGAAUAACAAACAUAACACAGGCUCCAUGCUUUACAUUAAAAACUAUGAACUUAUCCUUUAAAAUGAUAACAAGCGGGCUAGUAGCUGUCUAAAAUCUGCGGACAGUCAUCAUCAACAUAGAGGCAGAUUUCUUACCUGGAGCUGUUCCAUGGCUGAUGUUGAUAACUGAAGAGUUUCUGUCUUUGGUUGUUCGUCUGUUUGCUUGAACUACAUCCUGAAGCUUUAUACUCCACCGUGAACCUCAACCAUCAACAUGCGUGUACCCGUGUGUGUGUGUGUGUGUGUGUGUGUGUGUGUGUGUCCAUUAGCAUUCAACCUUGAGCAAAUCAUUGAAAUUAAAACUGGACGUCAUAUAUCAGCACGGACCCCAUGUCUGACUCACCGACAAGAGUACUUCCUGGUUUCAAAACUUUCAAAGUACAUUUAGAUAGAAAGUUGACUCGUCUCCAUGCAAAUACAACCUCCAAUUCAUAAAAAUUGGUACACUAUGUGAAAUGUGGAUGAAAACAGAAUCUGAUCAUUUGCAAACUGUUUGAAGCCUUAAUUUAAAUGAAAAUGGUGCAAAGACUACAUAUCUAAUGUUGGAACUGAAAAGUGUUAUUUGAUAAUAAAAAAUAUCUGCUUCUAUUGAAUUGAUGCUGGCUACAUAUUUUAAAAAAAUCAGGACAGGGAUAUAUUUGCUAUCAUGAGUUGCAUCGCCUCUUCUUUAAAAACACGCUGUAAAUGACAGAAAUCCAGGAGACCAGUUCCAAGAGUCUGGAAAGUGAAGUGCUGCCUCAUUCCUGCCUGGAUUUCAGCUGCUAAAAAGUUCAGGUUCUCCUUUAUCAUAUUUUUAAUGUCAUGAUGCUCUAAAUUUUCUAAACUGUUGAAGAAUCAGGACUGUAGGCAGGCUGGUUUGGCACUUCUACUACAAAGCCAUGAUGCUGUUGUAAGUGCGAGAUGUGAUUUGACAUAGUCUUUAAGGAUCCAUGCCACGGGCGCCUGGAUGCUAGUUUUUGAACAGUGCACUCAUACUAAGACGGCUGGUCCCUCUCCUCACGGCAUCCAUGAUUUCCAAGGAGAAUGUCAGAUUUUGAUUCAUCAGAUCACAGAACAGUUUUCCUCUUCAGUUCAUCUCAGACUCAAAGGUUUCUCCAGAGAUUUGAAGUCCAUGCAAUGAUUUCCACAACAGAGUCAUGUAAGGGUGUACAAUAUUUUGUACAUACUGCAUAUAUUGUGGUUUGUUCCACAUGAGAUCAAUUAAAUUACUAAAUCAUGACCAUCAAGUAAAACUGUACCAUUUUAAGUUUUAAAGCAUCAUUAUUAAAUAUCUUUGGAGGCCCCACCCCCAGGAGACUGAAGACCUUGACCCAUCCUGAUUCAUCUCCUGCACGCAUGCUACUUUUUUGUUUGUUUGUUGUUUGUGGUCACAGUAUUUACAUGAACACAUUUUCAAUUCACAGUUUUAACAUUUAUUAUGUUGUCUUUGCACUAUUUUUUUUUAAUUAAAUAUAAGCAUUUUUAAAUGGAAGAGUAUUCCAGUUUCUGCUCUUUGAAACAACUGAUCAAAUGCUUUCUUAUCUCAUCUCCUCUUCUUGGCCUUUAGGAAGCUGUUCCAGUCGAAAAGGUCUCAAUGGAGCAUGCUCGGUGCACGAGUACACCGGCAGCUUCCAGGGCCAAAGUGUGCGCUUUAAGAUGACUUCAGUUUGUGGACAUGUGAUGAGUCUGGAUUUCAUCGGUGGGUAUAAUCCCUCUCACGCCUUGGCUUUCUUGACAGUCUGACCCUUAGUUUCUUAUUUUGACACUUCCUUUUGUUGUGAUUUUUAUUCCAGUAAAAUAACAAUGUCUACACAUGGAUUAAGGUGUAGCCUCUUUCAAUUAAAACAUCUUGUGUUUCUUCUUUUUCCAGGAAAAUACAACAACUGGGACAAGGUGGACCCUGCAGAGCUCUUCAGCAAAGCUCCCACAGAGAAGAAGGAGGCCAACCCCAAACUCAACAUGGUCAAGUUCCUCCAGGUGUGUUUUUAGUGAUGUGCUCCCGUAUAAACAGCAGUGUGCCAUGCUCUCUGUCUCUGCUGCUCAUCCCGAAUCUCUGCUGUGAUGUCAGGUUGAAGCCCGAGGCUGUGACUACGUGGUUCUCUGGUUGGACUGUGAUAAAGAGGGCGAGAACAUCUGCUUUGAGGUAACUGGAGUUCGAAUGAUUUAAAUGAUUUCAUGUAAUUCCUGAAAUUCUUUUUGAAUCCAUCCCUCUAUUGGGAUACUCCAGAUCAGGAUCAAUCAUUGCAGGUCGUUUUCCUGCUGUUCUUUAAAUUUUAAUAUCACUUCAGCACAGUCACCUCCUCUCCUGCCUCUCAGGUGUUGGAUGCCAUCCAGCCGGUGAUGAACAAAAGCAGCGUGAAGGAGCAGAGCGUUUACCGCGCCAAAUUCAGCUCCAUCACUGACACAGACAUUUGGAACGCCAUGAACCGACUAGGAGAGCCCAACCGCAACGAAGCUCUGUCAGUGGACGCCCGUCAGGAGCUGGAUCUGCGUAUUGGCUGUGCCUUCACCAGGUAACCUGUGCUGUAUUUUGUGCUGUAUGGACAACAGUUAACUUGGCGCCCCCUGUGGACAAAGCCAGAUCAUUUAUUUAUUUAUUGUUAUCGAGCUAAAAAAACCUCACAGGAGCUUUUAAAAAGUGACUCAGGCUAACAGUGAGUCUUUUUCCUGUUGGUCAAACACCUAAAGGUUCCAGACCAAGUAUUUCCAGGGGAAAUACGGUAACCUCGACUCCUCCUUGAUCUCAUUUGGACCCUGUCAGACCCCAACACUGGGUUUCUGCGUGGAACGUCAUGACAAGAUCCAGUCCUUCAAACCAGAGACUUACUGGGUCCUCCAAGUUAAGGUACGUCCUCUAUAUUGACUCCUUCUGACACAGUAUGAACAGCCUCAUACUCAGUAGCAGACACUGUGGUUUUUUUCAGGUGUUCAAAGGGAAGGAGACCCCUCUGACACUGGACUGGAGCAGGGUCAGGGUUUUUGACAGGGAGGUGGGUCAGAUGUUUGUCAACCUGGCCAAGACAUCCAAAGAAGCAAAGGUAUUGUCAUUAAUCUGAUCCCAAAUUUAAUUGAUAACAAAAGAGUUUGACAAAUCCUCCAGGCUAGAAAUGAUGUUGAUGUUUGAGAUUUUAUGUAGACUUCUGUAAGCUACAUGUCGAGGAUCGAAGAGAUUUGAAAAGAAGUGAUAUAAAAAUCUAGCCUUUUUUGUGCAUGUCAAACUGGGAGGGGACUCCUUGGUAAAGCCAGAACGCACAGGAAGGGUUUUAAAUCCAACCUGGCUACCACCACCCGAUACUGGAAUAUGGAUGGGUAGAUAAGCAGGCGUCUAUUCUAGCUAACCUCUGACAUAUGCUUGUGAACACCUCUGUCAUUGCAGGUGGAGUCUGUGAGUAAGAAGGAGAAGGCGAAGCAGAGACCUCAAGCUCUGAACACGGUGGAGAUGUUGAGAGUGGCCAGCUCUGCUUUAGGUACAGUGACUUUAUCAUUCAUAGUUAUCAUUCAUGAAUCAGUUUAGAUCCCAGUAGGGGAUGCAUUGGUCAGUUUUAGUAGGAAAUAUCUGGACAGUCUUUCACCCUAAAUGAUAAAAUUAUGAGACUUGUAGUUUGAAAUGUUUGGACCGAUUUCUAAUUUUCCUUUCAGGUAUGGGUCCCCAGCACACUAUGCAAAUUGCAGAGCGUCUGUACACACAGGGCUACAUCAGCUACCCUCGAACUGAGACGACCCACUACCCAGAGAACUUUGACCUGAAGGGGGCGCUGAAGCAGCAGAGCAACAAUCCCAUAUGGGCAGAGGAGGUGAGGGCUGCAAUGGGGCCAAAAAGCUAUACCUCAGUGUUUCUAUUUUUAACCAAAAGCAGAGAGAACAUUAGAUAAAAGUACGUUUCCUUCUCCAUCAGGUGAAGGCCCUGCUCUCAGCUGGGAUAAACAAACCACGAAAAGGAGCAGAUGCUGGAGACCACCCACCUAUAACCCCCAUGAGAUCAGCAUCCGAGGCAGAGCUGGGUGAGCCGUUCAGCCAAUUACACAGCAGAUAAUAAAAGUAAAAAGAAUAAGAAUAAACAGGUUCCUCCUUAUCUGCUCCUCCACAGGAAGUGAUGGCUGGCGUCUGUAUGAGUACAUCACACGUCAUUUCAUCGCCACGCUCAGUCAGGACUGCAAAUACCUUCAGACCACCAUUGAUUUCUCCAUCGGCACAGAGGCCUUCUCAUGCAGCGGCAAAACGCUGAUCUCAGCAGGUAAACUCAGUGGUGUAUAAGACGCACUUUUCAUUCUGUAUUAGUCAUAUAAUGAGUGAGUAGAGUCCUACAAACAAGUGGCAGAGCCUUUUUCCUUCUGGGGCAGCCAUGCCGCCCCAAAAUCGUACUAUGUCUUAUAUACCAAUGCGACUUAUUUUCUAGAUUUUACAAUCGUAGCAUGCUGUCAAAACAGCUUUUUCAAAGGAGUUUCAAGUCUGAUUCAUUUAGGAUUGCACACUAGUUAUGAAGAACAAGAUCUGACAACAGGAUACAGAGAGUUCCUCACAGGAGCUUUCAUAUAAAAUGUAUUUAAUCCAAAAUUUCUGAUCAAUCAUAUUUCUCUAUCUAUAUGGAAGAGGUGAGGAAAGUCUCUAUAUCCACAGAUUUUCAUGGAGUGUUUCAGACCUUGUUUAAGGAUUAGAAACUGUGUGAUGGUUAAAAGAAAAGCUGCUGCAGUCAGAUUUUAAGUGGACAGAUUCUUUCAGGUUUCACUGAGGUGAUGCCAUGGCAGGGGAUCCCUCUGGAAGAGGCCAUGCCAGCAUGUGAGCGAGGAGACACUUUCACAGUGGACGAGAUAAAGCUGGUGGAGAAGCAGACCAACCCUCCUGACUACCUGACGGAGGCCGAGCUCAUCACCCUCAUGGAGAAACACGGCAUUGGUACACCCCUGCACAUCCUUGAAUCAAGAUUUUCAAGCCAUUUUUUAUUUAAUCAGUUUUUGAAAUAUCUGAGCAAAAACAAAUAGAAGAUAUGGAUGUGAAUUUAAAUAGAAAUUUACUCAAACUCUUUAUGAAAUAAUUUGACAUACUGAGAUAUGUUUUUUAAGUUUUUCUAGUUUUAGGCCACAGUUAGUAAAAACUAAAAUAGAAAAAUCUUUGAAAUUUCUCAGUUUGUAUGUGAUGAGUCUAGAAUACGUUAAAUUGUCCCUUCUUUAAACAGAUGGUAAAAUUUGAACUUUUUCACAAUAUCAUACAUAAAUUGUGGGUCAUGUAUUUGUGCUGUAAAAAUGCUAACCAGUGCUUGCCCCGCUCUGUACAUUUCCCUGUUUUCUGUCCUUUCUUAAUCACAUCACUGAGCUUGAUAAAAGUUUGACACCUGUUGGUUUAUAUCCUCCAUCUUUCAGGAACUGAUGCCAGCAUCCCCGUCCACAUCAACAACAUCUGUCAGAGGAACUAUGUGACAGUAGAGAGCGGGCGCAAACUAAAGCCCACUAAUUUAGGCAUUGUUCUAGUUCAUGGAUAUUAUAAGACAGGUACUGUGUUUUAUUACACUAUAUAUUUUACUGUGUCCUAUUUGAAACGUUAAAAUCAACCUGUUGUGAGCAGACAGGCAGCCCAGUUCUUCUACAAAAAACAUGACCAAUAUUAUUAUUGAGAAGUCAAACAGCUUUAAAUGUAAUAGCAAUAUGUUUUUCAACAGUAGCGCUGUUUAUGUGUAUGUGUGUAGACGCAGAGCUGGUGCUUCCCACCAUCCGCUCUGCCGUAGAGAAGCAGCUGAAUCUGAUCGCUCUGGGGAAGGCCAACUUUCAACAGGUCCUGCAGCACACCCUCGAUAUCUUCAAGAGGAAGUUUCACUACUUUGUGGACUCCAUCACCAGUAAGUUCAGAUCCACAGAGACCUUUUGGCGCAUCUUUGCCAAUUCAUUGUAUAGUUAAUGUUGUGUAGAAUUGUUCACAGUCAUAUUACAGGAUAACUCAGCUUAAAGUAUCUGCUCAUUGUGUUAUCGAGGUAUGGAUGAGCUGAUGGAGGUCUCCUUCUCACCCAUUGCUGCCACCGGGAAGCCCCUGUCCCGCUGUGGGAAGUGUCACCGAUUCAUGAAGUACAUCCAGGUAAGAAGAACAGAUGAAGCCAAAUCAAGAAUUUAAUAAAAGUAAACAUAUCAUUGCAGGCUUCCUCGUCAGUUAGUUGAAACCCAAGAGUGAAGAAGUGUAUCGCUGUAACCUGUUACAUUCAGGGAUACCAGUUUGACAUUGACCGCCUACAAACUGCGUAGACAUAGUCUAGCCUGCAGAGCACUAAGGCAAGGCAAAACAGAAUAACAAUAUUAACUGCAUUUACAGUGCUAGGACAUUCAGCAAACAUAAGCUGGGCUUUGGGAAGACAUCCACGUGCUCAGUCAGGCUGCUAAGUUUGACUCUUGAGCAGAAAAAUUGAGUGCUGUGAAAAUGCUCAGAAACAUAACCUGUGCAUAAGCUGCAUGAUUUGGGUGCACAGCUCCUUUAAAUCAUCUUGCAGGCUUCCAUGUGAAACUCAUUUGUUCUUGCGUCUUCUGGGAUUCUUAAGCAGCCUUACAGCUGUGAUAAGUAAGAAUAUAUUAUGUUCUGACGACAUUAUAAUCAUGCAGUUUUAGUCCGUCCUCAAUCUCAUCAUGCUCUCUCUACAGGGCACAUGGCCCUCUCUCUCUGGUCCAUGCAAUGUCUGGUUCCUGAGCUCUGGCCUUCAAAACCCAACUUCAAACAGAAAAGCUUUUAAAUGCGAAAGACACCGUGCUCCCUACAUUUCCAUUUCCACCUGAGAAUAGGACCACUUUUAAACUCAUGAAUGAAUCAUGAGUCUGCAGACCUUUUGCUCUUUUUCAAUGAAUCUAGUUUAAGUGUGUGUGCGCGAUGGUUUGCGUCAGACUGUUAAGUGGCGUUCUCUCGUCUAACCCACAAGGUAACUCUUGUAUGGGCGCGUUGUGUGACUGAGAACUCACAUGUUCGGUCUGCAGCGUACAUCCAUUCAAAAUUUGUUCUACCUCAUCACAGUUUAAAGAAACUUUGUCCUCUAUGCAUUUGAGUUUCAGAUUCAAAAAUAAAACCAUAUUUGGAUUUGGAUGAUUGAGACGCUAAGCUCGAGGUGCAUCAAUUCUCUGUUACAGGACAAAAACGUCCUCAAUGGCAGCCAUCCAUAAUAUGUAAGAAAGGCCAGAGCCCAUGAGAACCAAAUUCAACUAGGGAUGUACAACAUUGGAUUUUGCUUGUAUCUGAUAUGUCAAUAUACCAAAAUUUAUAACUCAUCUUGACCGAUACAGAUAUUGAUACUGAUAUUUGCGCACACCUUUUUUUCAUUGCAAAGACGACGUUUUCUGCUGUAACCGAAUUGACUUGUCACUUUUAUUGUGAUGGUCUAUUCUUUUACAUACAGACAUAAAACAAGACCAACAUUUGAUUGAUUGAUUGAUGAUGAAUAUCAAUACUGAUAAUGACGCUAUUAUCUGCUGAAACCAAUACUAUUCCAAUAAUAUCUAAUUUAACUCACAUCUAAUUUGAAAGGUGAGUCAAACGGUGGAUUUUACUUCCACUAUUCUAUCAUAUACACAGAUAAUUACUAUCCUAAUGUAGUGAUUUGAAAUGAGCCUCAUACGGUCGCACCAAAAUAUAUGUAGCGAUUUGAAAUGAGCCUCACAAGGCCGCACCAAAAUAAUACUUGGCGAUUGGAAUUUAUAAUAAAUGUCUGAAGAUUAAUAAUCUCAAAUUAUGACAUUUAUGCACUCGUUGAAAGGGGCACCACCCACCCUUAAUGGUGGGAAAAUAAAGAAAACAAAAGUUUAAUUCAGAAAUCAAACAUCAAGUCAGUUUUAAUUAAUCAGUCUUAAUUAAUCAGUCUUAAUUAAUCAGUCUCAUAUCUUAAGUCGAAAUUCUAAUUUCAGGGACUCCACUUCUGGAAGAACACUAACAGACAGGAACUUAGAAAAAUAAUGAUCUGUUUAUUACAGGAUAAAUGAUGGUACAACACACAUGCAAUAAAUGAUGAUAAGAUAAUGAGGAUAAAAUAAUAAUAGGUGAAUAAAUAAAGAUUCUGAGUCAGGCUAGGAGCACUAAAGUUAAUGAUAGUGAGUGAAUAUGCGCUAACAUAUUAACCUACACUAACUUUGGUGUCGAGAUAAACUCGGGUGUAGAUUUGGAGGAAUCUAAGAUCACCAGAAAUAGGUGGAUAUCUGAGUUAUGAACGCGUGAGACAGCAUCAGCCCUGUCUGGAGCUCUGGAGGUUUGCAUACUUAAGUGAGACUGGUCCUUGAAGAAGAUGGAGCAGGUUCCGAAGGUCCGGGGCUACUGGCGGUUCGAGCGGUUCAGCUCAGAAGACGACUGAAGUCAGCCGAAGGAUGAGCCAGGAGUUGCAGCACUCGGGCCCGAAGCAAAGCCAGCGCCUGUGGAUCCUGUGGAUGCUCGUUUGGGUACUUCUUUGGUCUCACUCAAAAACUCUGGCACAGAGGAUGACCUGGGCCUGUUGGAUUGCGUUCGGAGGUGACUUUGAAAUCACGCAGAAAACUCAGAAAAACGAGGCUCGAAGAGCAGAGAAAACUUUCAAAAAUGGCUUCGCGAAAUUAAAGAAAAAUCAAUCAAAGGCUUAAUCUUGAAUUGCUAUGUGCACAAAAAGUUGAAGUUUCAAAACUUGAACUAAGACGAUGUUAAAGAAAAAUCAACGUGAAUCAACACGUGGCGUAAAACUUAGAAGACUAAGAAAAAGUUCUAAGAGAAAACAAAGAAACGCACCACAGAAGGGUGUGGACAGAAGAGAAGGGGCAUAAGAGCCGGGGACAAGAGAGUCAGCAGAAGAGCAGAAGCAUAAGAGGAAUAAGAGGAGCAUAAGAGAGAUAAGAGAGAAUAAGAGAUAAGAGAGUGAGCAACCCCACUCCACUGGUUUUAUCUUCUCACACUGGGAGUGUCUGAGGAGAAAGAGGAGGGGUCAUCGGGUCUCUGAUUAUUUGAUCUAACUUAUUCUUUUGGCUGGUAAAAGAGUCAGAUCUGAUACUCACUCACUAUGAUUAAUAUCAUUGAAUGCUUGGUUUCAUGAUAAAUAAUUUGAUACUAAACACAUAUGAAUGAAGUGUAGGAUCACAUCAAACAUUCUCAUUAUGUUUUAAGUAUCACAUUGAACAUGCUAAAUUACUCUGAAAUGAAACAGAUAGUAACACAUAGAAACUGUGAACAACAAAAGAGUAAACACAUGUGAAUGAACGUCAUCAUGAUUAAUAAUGGAUUCUAAAUACUCACAUUCAGAUUAUUCAGUGACAUUAUAACCACCUAAUGGUUAAGAUACUAAAUAAAUAACUAAAAUAUAAACCAAACAUUUCUAAACUAUUUCUGUUACUUAGAGUAAACUUAGGAUUCAUAGUCAAUAAAUUUAACUCUUAAAAGUUCAUGAAACAGUCUGAAAAGCUGUUGGUCUAAAGAACAAAAGAAUAAGGAUUUAUUCUGUCAGAUAAGAUAACUUGGCUUCUGAAGCACAUAGAAAAACGGGAAACAUCUCAUUUUAACACAAAUUUCAUGAUUAGACAGAUUAGUACAUUGCUGAAUGCAUAAGAUGUCAUGAUCAGUCAUUUGUAUUCUUUCACCAAAGGAAUGCAGUCUUUAUCAGUGUAUGGUCGAGCAGGGUUUUACGACCGAGGUCUGGAGGUCAGUGUCCCCCCUUAUCCUGGGGUCCGUAUGUUCACACACUUUAAGACGCUUAAUCUCAAAUGGGAGAUCUGGGUUAAGGUUAAUGUUUAUUUAGAUGGUCAGCAAAUGGAGUCAGUUUGAAAGGUAAUAAAAACUCUGUCUCUGUUCGCCGAACUGACCAAUCCUGAAGAGUCAGAGGUUUAGUCAACCUCCGGUUGGGUCACUUAUUUAACCUGAAAGUGCAAACACGUCUGGAAAGAUUUAUAUCCUGUUUCCUGGGACCAGAUAAGGAAACUUUCCUGUAAGGAAUGUGUGGGUUUCACAUCCAGGGUUGUCUUGAUUGCUACAGUCCCCCCUUCGUCACGGUGGUCCUGUCCAUGGAGCAUCGGGACGACGAGUAGACAACCAUGAAGCAGCAGCAGCAGCAGCAGGUGUAUGCAAAUAGGACUGAUGCGUCUCAUUAUCACUAUGUGAAUCACUAGUAUCUGCUUUAAGAUAACAUCAAGCAUGCAUUAAGCUAUCAAAUAAAAUCGUCUAGGUGUUAGACUUUUCUCAGUUAACUAUUGGUAGACUAAUGUGAAAGAAAAUCUCCUAAUUUUCAGUAUUAAUGAGAUUUAGAAAAGCACUCUUUAGUCUGAAUGCUAACUGGAUCUAAAGCUAUAGCUGUUUUUCAUGCUUGCUGGAGAAGUCUGAAAGUUCAAUUUCAGUUUCAAAAAUGGUUAAGACUUAGGUGGAAAAGAAAUGUCUGCUAUAGACAUAUUAACCAUCUGUGUAUGAGCAUAGUCAACCUGAAUCACAAACAUCAAAAGUUUACUGCACAGAGUUUCUCUUAAACUUUGUCUGUUAAACUUGGGGAUGAUGCUCUUAUCGGUUUGACUAAUUAUCUGCUGUUGAGUCUGAAAUUUGUCAAUCUGAGUCUUAGUGACAGAAAUUUCAGCUUUUAAUCUGUUCAUGGGAUAUUUGACAGCUGACAAGCUGACUAUAUUGACAGAGGAGAGACAAAUGCUAACAAAGAAAGCAGCAACUGAUAUUGCAGUCAUCAAUGUAUCACCACAGCAUUUGGAUAUCUUAUUGGAGUCAUUUAGCUUUGGCUAGGUGACUUCUGCUUUCGCAGGACUCACACCUUCAUGACUCCACAGUGUUAAUCUCAGUGGUUAGCUGAGUAGUCAUGUUUAUUCACCUUCAAAGUGGAUGAAACCGAUUGAGGUGGAUAAUAAGAUCGUCGUUUCUGAGAGUGUGAUUUACUCUGAUUCUGCCAGUCAUUCACCCCACUUUGGCGGUGUUGAUGGUUUUUCCUUUGUCUGGGAUAAAACCCACCGUGACGGAAGUCUGAAUAACAACAGUUGGUCUCAAAGUUUACCGGGCAUUGGUCUGUGUCAGACCUGGGCCUUGGUGUGUAACUUUGACCUUUGUGAGUGUGUUGAGGUCGAAAAGGUUUUGGAGGCCUGGUUAACCACUCAUUUGGAGGCUUAUCGGAGCCUGAAAAUACACAAUCUGAAGCUUCGUUCAGCUCCAUGGGCAGUGAUUUUGUCUCCAUAGCCAACAGAGUAACAGGCUCUGCUUUCUUAGCCAAAGUUUGUCGUUGUUUGGCAAAACCUUUUACAGCAAGUUCACGAAGCUGUCGGCUAGUCAAAGUGUUUGGACAAGCUAAGACGCCAAGGUGAUGACUGGUGGUAGGGUGGAGGUUCUGGACGAACAGCGUUUUGAAGUUCAAGUCCUCCUCCAUUUCUGGUUCAUUUCGGAAACCAAAGUAAGCUUCGCGUAAGCGGUUGUAAUAUUGUUGGGGAGGUUCUGAUCUCCCUUGUUUAAUAGACAGAGCAGCAGAAAGGCCUGUCUGGGUCAAAUGAUCAGAAAACUCUUCAAUUAAUGCUUGGCAGAGCAAGUCAUAAUUAUUUCUGACAUGAUAAGGCUGUCGUUCAAGGAAACUGCUAACCUCUCGACUUGACGUUGCCUUAAUAAGGUAGAUCUUGUCAUCAAUGGUUGCACCUGGAAAUUUCCUCAGGUAAAAGUCAAUGUCUUUCAAGUAGGUGCAGGUGUCAGUAGCACCUUGGUGCUCAGGUUCAAAGCGUGCUAUGUUGCGAGCAAUUUUGUCAAGAUCCCUAUCUGAGGGAGAUGGUAAGAAGCCAUCAUGAGGAGGAGAGUAGGACUCUUGGUUUAAGGAUGACCUCUCAGGGUCAAGCAGGGUCCUGUCAUGAUGCUGAGAGAGAUACUUAAGAGUUGGUUUGGAAGGAAGUGAUGGCGCUCUCUCAGGAGGCUGAUCACCUAUCAUUUCUUCAAGAAACGUUUGCUCCAUGCGUUCUCUUUGGGCUCGACCUGACUGGAGGGAGCAUUGUAACUCUCUUUGGGCAUCUUCAAGUUCUUUGUCUGUCUUUUCUUGCCGUUCUUGACAAAGAAUUAACUGUCUCUGAGCUAUCUGGAGCUGGUGCUGUAAGGUAGAAGUUUGCUUCUCCUUAGCUUCAAGAGCUUCAGCACGCACUUUGACCAAUGCUUUCAAAGUUUUUACAUCUUCUGUUGCUUGCUCUAGUAGGGAUUCUGACUGUAUCAGAUCCUCUGUGGUCUUAGCAAGCUGCUUAUUCGUGUCAUCAAGUUCUUUCUCCUUUUUGUAAAGGGUUUCAUUAAGUCUUUCAAUCUUGUCUUUAAGAUCAAGAUUUUCUUCAUGACUUAGUGAGGGAAGCUUUGACGCUUCACAUCUGGCACUGUGUUUUUCUAAAACACUUAGAGACUUCUUAGUCUCCUCUAACGUCUUUUUCAGAGCGCUGUUUUCGUCUUUUUGCGCCUUUAUCUUUGCUAAAGCGCAUUCCAGCAAGUAGUCUUUAUACUCAAGCUGAGAAGACAUCAUGACAGACAUGCAUCUAGUGAGCUCUUUGUCACGAAGUGUCGUGGUUAAGGCUGUUUCCAGUAAGUCAGCCAUUGCAUCCUCCGGAUUGGAGGGUUUGGCCUUUUGAAUCUUAGUCAUGUAUUGAGGUAUCAACUGACUAGUCAAGUUUGCCAACACUGUGUGUAUGUCCCUCAGGGGGUCUCCCUGGCUGGACUCUUUUGUGUUAGGCAUGUUUGGUUUUGGUAAAGAGGUGCAGCUGGUUGGUUGAUGAGUUUGAGUUGACUUAAAAUGAAAGGAAGAAGCAAAAUAUCAAAUUAAGUGGGUUAAUCGACUUAAUUUAUCAGUGCUUGAUAAAGAGAAAGAGCCUAUCUGAGUAGAUCUCUAAUGGAGAGAAAAAACCAUAAAGUUAAAUUCAUUUCAAUGAAAAUUAAAAAAAGUGAAAUGAUGUUAAAUUAAAUUUAACAUCAGAUACAGAACCAUUGAAUAAAGGGUUCAAUUUGUCUCUGUGUUGCAGAGAUCAGCAAAGCUUAAAUAAACUGCCUGCUGCAGUUGGAUGAAUUUGAAAAAUCAAUGAAAUUGUCAAUUAAGGAAUUAACUCUGAAAUUAAUUCACAAAUCGCAAUAAAGCCAAAGAUUCAACUACCCAAUUCAUCUGAAAUGUUAAAAGAAAUUUCAAGUAUUAAUUAAUUUGUUCAUUAAUUAAUUAAUCUUAUGAGGAGGGUUAAUACAUUCAUGUAUUAUAGGGAACAGUAAAACUGCUCAAUGGUGUGAUAAGUAACAACAAGAUCAGGUGAUUGAUUCAAGGAGUUACUUCAUCAAUACCUUACGGAGGCUCUUAUAACAAAGAUUAAAAUCAAAAAUCAAUGAUCAAUGAUUUAGAAUAAGCACAUCAAACUUCAUCAACCAAGUCAAUCACUUGAGUUAUGUCUGUAGAGUGUUACACACUGACUACAGAGAGGCAGUACAGCUAGCUGAUACUGCAGACAGAUAAUAGCAGUGUUAGCUCAAUACCAAAAGCAACCAUGUGGGGCAGUAUGGAGUUGGGGUAACUGCACAAGCUCAACACAAGUGGAGAAGAAGAAGAAAAGAGGAAACAGUCAUCCAACUAGCCUCUUGUGGCUGUGUGAAGUUGGGAAGUAUGCAGGAAGGGGCCUUUAGGCUCUGCCUCCUUGAAGGGCCUUAUCUGCUUAAGGUCAAAUGGUCAGUCUCUCCACUGACAACAAAGGGUUAACAUUUCACAGCAGGCUGCAUCUGCACCCUCAAACAUAGAACUUUCCACCAUCUGCUCAGGCAGAUUGGUUCAAUAAAAUCAUUUACAGGAACAAGAAUCAAAGUGGCAAAUCCCUCAACAGCAGAUUCAACUGCAGACUUAAAAAUCACAAAUGCGGCGAUUUGUGAUCACAAAUUUUAUCUGAAUUCAUUCAAACAACAACCUCCCACUGUUACAGUGGUUUCCUGUGACAGUUAGCUUAUCUGUCAGGGGAAAGGAGGAAAUCUAAAUCCCAUAUAGUUACUAGAACUUCAUAGCAGACUAUAGUGACAAGAAUCAAAGUGACAAAUCCCUCAACAGCAGAUUCAACUGCAGACUUUAAAAUCACAAAUGCGGCGAUUUGUGAACACAAAUUUUGUCUGAAUUCAAUCAAACAACAACCUCCCACUGUUACAGUGGUUUCCUGUGACAGGUAGCUAAUCUGUCAGGGGAAAGGAGGAAAUCUGAAUCCCAUAUAGUUACUAGAAACUCGUAGCAGACUACAGAGACUUCAGGGGCUUGAAACCACAGCUCGGAGCAUCGCGAACACUGGGUUCAGCCAAAGGCCUUAAAUACAAGCGUACGGCGACGCAACAAUCGUGCACUUAAAUAUUGGACAGUCUAGACAGAGCAGAAGAAGCAGUCUCACUGCUACUCAGAACAACAUUUCACGCUGUCCAGCUCAAACACAGACUACAGGCAUGUAGUACAAAAGUGUGUGAAACACAGAGCAUAAAGGUUUUAUGCAUAGAUCAGGAAAACAUCAGAACUUAGUCAAGCAACUUCAGCAAGCAUAGCAUUUAUUGUGAUUAAGUCUAGGAUAGCCUGGAAAUAAGUUUCUCUCAUCAAUUUGGAAGGCUAAGUUUUAGGUUGUCUGUUAGUAUCCAGAAGUUUUGUUUGAAACGCCUCACGCAGGGGCACCAAAAUAUAUGUAGUGAUUUGAAAUGAGCCUCAUACGGUCGCACCAAAAUAUAUGUAGCGAUUUGAAAUGAGCCUCACAAGGCCGCACCAAAAUAAUACUUGGCGAUUGGAAUUUAUAAUAAAUGUCUGAAGAUUAAUAAUCUCAAAUUAUGACAUUUAUGCACUCGUUGAAAGGGGCACCACCCACCCUUAAUGGUGGGAAAAUAAAGAAAACAAAAGUUUAAUUCAGAAAUCAAACAUCAAGUCAGUUUUAAUUAAUCAGUCUUAAUUAAUCAGUCUUAAUUAAUCAGUCUCAUAUCUUAAGUCGAAAUUCUAAUUUCAGGGACUCCACUUCUGGAAGAACACUAACAGACAGGAACUUAGAAAAAUAAUGAUCUGUUUAUUACAGGAUAAAUGAUGGUACAACACACAUGCAAUAAAUGAUGAUAAGAUAAUGAGGAUAAAAUAAUAAUAGGUGAAUAAAUAAAGAUUCUGAGUCAGGCUAGGAGCACUAAAGUUAAUGAUAGUGAGUGAAUAUGCGCUAACAUAUUAACCUACACUAACUUUGGUGUCGAGAUAAACUCGGGUGUAGAUUUGGAGGAAUCUAAGAUCACCAGAAAUAGGUGGAUAUCUGAGUUAUGAACGCGUGAGACAGCAUCAGCCCUGUCUGGAGCUCUGGAGGUUUGCAUACUUAAGUGAGACUGGUCCUUGAAGAAGAUGGAGCAGGUUCCGAAGGUCCGGGGCUACUGGCGGUUCGAGCGGUUCAGCUCAGAAGACGACUGAAGUCAGCCGAAGGAUGAGCCAGGAGUUGCAGCACUCGGGCCCGAAGCAAAGCCAGCGCCUGUGGAUCCUGUGGAUGCUCGUUUGGGUACUUCUUUGGUCUCACUCAAAAACUCUGGCACAGAGGAUGACCUGGGCCUGUUGGAUUGCGUUCGGAGGUGACUUUGAAAUCACGCAGAAAACUCAGAAAAACGAGGCUCGAAGAGCAGAGAAAACUUUCAAAAAUGGCUUCGCGAAAUUAAAGAAAAAUCAAUCAAAGGCUUAAUCUUGAAUUGCUAUGUGCACAAAAAGUUGAAGUUUCAAAACUUGAACUAAGACGAUGUUAAAGAAAAAUCAACGUGAAUCAACACGUGGCGUAAAACUUAGAAGACUAAGAAAAAGUUCUAAGAGAAAACAAAGAAACGCACCACAGAAGGGUGUGGACAGAAGAGAAGGGGCAUAAGAGCCGGGGACAAGAGAGUCAGCAGAAGAGCAGAAGCAUAAGAGGAAUAAGAGGAGCAUAAGAGAGAUAAGAGAGAAUAAGAGAUAAGAGAGUGAGCAACCCCACUCCACUGGUUUUAUCUUCUCACACUGGGAGUGUCUGAGGAGAAAGAGGAGGGGUCAUCGGGUCUCUGAUUAUUUGAUCUAACUUAUUCUUUUGGCUGGUAAAAGAGUCAGAUCUGAUACUCACUCACUAUGAUUAAUAUCAUUGAAUGCUUGGUUUCAUGAUAAAUAAUUUGAUACUAAACACAUAUGAAUGAAGUGUAGGAUCACAUCAAACAUUCUCAUUAUGUUUUAAGUAUCACAUUGAACAUGCUAAAUUACUCUGAAAUGAAACAGAUAGUAACACAUAGAAACUGUGAACAACAAAAGAGUAAACACAUGUGAAUGAACGUCAUCAUGAUUAAUAAUGGAUUCUAAAUACUCACAUUCAGAUUAUUCAGUGACAUUAUAACCACCUAAUGGUUAAGAUACUAAAUAAAUAACUAAAAUAUAAACCAAACAUUUCUAAACUAUUUCUGUUACUUAGAGUAAACUUAGGAUUCAUAGUCAAUAAAUUUAACUCUUAAAAGUUCAUGAAACAGUCUGAAAAGCUGUUGGUCUAAAGAACAAAAGAAUAAGGAUUUAUUCUGUCAGAUAAGAUAACUUGGCUUCUGAAGCACAUAGAAAAACGGGAAACAUCUCAUUUUAACACAAAUUUCAUGAUUAGACAGAUUAGUACAUUGCUGAAUGCAUAAGAUGUCAUGAUCAGUCAUUUGUAUUCUUUCACCAAAGGAAUGCAGUCUUUAUCAGUGUAUGGUCGAGCAGGGUUUUACGACCGAGGUCUGGAGGUCAGUGUCCCCCCUUAUCCUGGGGUCCGUAUGUUCACACACUUUAAGACGCUUAAUCUCAAAUGGGAGAUCUGGGUUAAGGUUAAUGUUUAUUUAGAUGGUCAGCAAAUGGAGUCAGUUUGAAAGGUAAUAAAAACUCUGUCUCUGUUCGCCGAACUGACCAAUCCUGAAGAGUCAGAGGUUUAGUCAACCUCCGGUUGGGUCACUUAUUUAACCUGAAAGUGCAAACACGUCUGGAAAGAUUUAUAUCCUGUUUCCUGGGACCAGAUAAGGAAACUUUCCUGUAAGGAAUGUGUGGGUUUCACAUCCAGGGUUGUCUUGAUUGCUACACUAAUGUAUUUCAGUGAGUUAGUCCUCCUAAGUCUAAACAUUCAUUGAGUUAUUUCAUUGGAGAAUCUAACCUCUUUUCAGCACCAGUUCUGCCAGUCUAUUGUAGAGUGGACUGGUAAUAAGUUAUUGAGGGUAUAGAAAAGGCUGACAUUAUGAAAGAGGGGACAUUUAGAGGAUGUAACAAGUAAUCCCCAGCGUUCAGGUAAAUGUUUAGACAGCAGUUUGAGGUUGCAGGCUUAAUAUUUAGGAGGGAAACACCAAAAAAUAAAAUAUCACAUUACAGAUUUGAGCUCUUGGCUGACAGGGACAAUGCUGAAGGGGCUUUAUUGAUCCGCUGUAUUGUCAUCAAGAGGAGAGGAACACUGUGGCACAAUUUGUGUCUAAAUCAGUAAAUAUCAAAACUGUGUGCUGCUGUGGAGGGUAUGGCAACAGUAGUCAACCAGAGAAAGGAAUAAGAGGAGGACAGUUCUGUGAUAAUAGUCGCCCUCUUGUCAUUUGGUAGAUAUUUCAUAACUAAUAAGAGUAAUUGUUGUCAAUUAAAAGUGAUUGCAUCUGUUCUCAGUCCCAGUCAUUGAUUCUAAUGUCUAAUCUUCCUAUAUCUCCAAAGGCCAAACCCAGCCGGCUCCACUGCUCCCACUGUGAUGAGACUUAUAGUCUUCCCCAGAACGGAGCCAUCAAGCUGUACAAGGAGCUGCGCUGUCCACUCGAUGACUUUGAGCUGGUUCUGUGGACCUCAGGGUCUCGGGGGAAGAGCUACCCGCUGUGUCCAUACUGCUUCAGUAACCCACCUUUCAGGGACAUGAAAAAAGGUACAAAAGAAGUCUUUGUGUCUUUAAUGAAAAUUUUUUAAACAAUAACUAAAAUAUUAGCAACCAUUAAUAAUAAGUAAUUGAUUAAAAUCUGAUUUUAGUUACAUUUUACACAAUGUGCAAACUGAGACUGUAAAUAAAAAGUAAAACUGAUAGGUUUAUAUGCUUGGUAUUUGAAAGUAUACCUGGAUGGCCAACUCCAACUUCAUAUGGAGUUUAAAUUAAAAGAUAUUUUAGUAAAAUCUAGCAUUAUGACAUCAUUUCUGUUCACUUUCAAACCUUGAAACACAUAAACAUUAACUUUAAACCUGUACACAGAGGCAGUGGGCUCAUUAAAAACUCCUGAACAUAUUUGCAUGUCCAACAAAAGUUUUACUGUGUCUAUCUGUCUCAGGUAUGGGCUGCAAUGAAUGCACUCACCCAUCCUGUCAGCACUCUCUGAACUCCCUCGGUAUCGGUCAGUGUGUGGAGUGUGACGGUGGGGUUCUGGUGCUGGACCCCACCUCUGGACCCAAAUGGAGGAUGGCCUGUAAUAAAUGUAACGUGGUGGUGAACUUCUUUGAGCACGCACACAGAGUGCAGGUAGGAAACAAGCCCAUUAUCAUCUUCUGGUAUUGUGAUCUGCAUGAUGUUGGUCAAACCAGAUGAAUACUUCUCUGUUGGAUGAGUCAGUUCUGCUGCUGAAGAAAGGUUGUGAUCAGAGAAAUAAUUAACUAUCAAAGGACUGAAUGUCAGUGGUGCUAGAUCUACUAGUGUUAGCCACAUUCAGCAUUAGGAAUAGAUUACCUGCAGACUGUGAUACUGCAAUUAACUGUGACAAAUAAACUGAUUUCAGUUUUGACUUUUUAUCAAAGUUUUCUUACCCUUGGAUUUGCUAAAAGAACCUCACACCAAGGUUGUCUUCUACUCUCACAGGUUGCUCAGGACAGCUGUGACGCUUGUGACGCCUCUCUGGUGGCGGUGGACUUCAACAAGACUCGCUCUCCCCUCCCUGCAGGGGAGACCCAACACACCGGCUGUGUCUUCUGUGACCCCAUCUUCCAGGAUCUGGUGGAGCUCAAACAUGCCACCAUGAGGCAUGCCAUGCACAGGGGUGGAGGUGCGAGGAGAGGACGUGGGCGAGGCAGAGGACGCCGUGGCAACCCUAAAAAACCCAAAGACAAAAUGGCUGCCCUGGCUGCUUACUUUGUAUGACUUUUUAAAACGUGUCCUGUUACUUUGUUGCAUAUAAAGCAUGAAUAUAUAUCUGUAAAUCAAGAGACUUUUGGUUUUACAAUUGUGUUGACUAACGGUGAAGUAAAGACACGUUAAACUAAAA